AAAACAGCAGUGGAUGGGAAACGACAAGAGAUUAUUGUCCUGGACUCCAAACGGAGCAAUGCCAUCAACAUCGGGCUGACCGUCCCCCCUCCCCGCACCAUCAAGACAGCCAUCCUCAACUUCGACGAGUACGCUUUGAACAAGGAGGGGAUCGAGAAAAUCCUGACGAUGAUCCCGACGGAGGAGGAGAAGCAGAGAAUCCAGGAUGCUCAGCUGGUGAAUCCUGACGUCCCCCUGGGAUCAGCAGAGCAGUUCCUCCUCACCCUGUCCUCCAUCACGGAGCUGUCCGCCCGGCUGCAGCUUUGGGCCUUCAAGAUGGACUACGAGGUCACGGAGAAGGAAGUGGCAGAGCCUCUGCAGGACCUUAAGGAAGGGAUGGACCAACUGGAGAAGAACAAGACACUGCGUUACAUCCUGUCCACGCUGCUGGCUAUAGGCAACUUCCUUAACGGAUCCAACGCGAAGGGCUUUGAGCUGGGUUACCUGGAGAAGGUUCCGGAGGUAAAGGACACGGUUCAUAAGCAGUCUCUACUGCACCAUGCCUGUUCCAUUGUGGUGGAGAAGUUUCCAGACAGCUCAGACCUGUACUCUGAGAUAGGAGCCAUCACCCGCUCGGCUAAGGUGGACUUCGACCAGCUCCAAGACAACCUGAGCCAGAUGGAGCGACGCUGCAAAGCAUCGUGGGACCACCUCAAGGUCAUCGCCAAGCACGAGAUGAAGCCUGCGCUCAAACAGAAGAUGUCUGACUUCCUAAAGGACUGUGCAGAGAGAAUCAUCAUCUUGAAGAUAGUUCAUCGGAGAAUUAUCAACCGGUUCCAUGCCUUCCUGUUGUUCCUGGGCCAUCCAGCGUACGCUGUGCGGGAGGUCAGCAUCCACCGCUUCAGUAAGAUCCUCAGUGAGUUUGCCCUGGAGUACCGGACCACACGGGAACGCGUCCUGCAACAGAAACAGAAGAGGGCCAACCACAGAGAGAGGAACAAGACCAGAGGAAAGAUGAUCACAGAUGAUGGAAAGUUUGGCGGUAGCGCCCCGGGGCCUGUAAGCCAGGAAGGCGUGCUGACGCAGGGUCUGCAAUACGCAGAGGAUGCAGGACAUGAGAACAUGAAGGCAGUGCUGAAGAGCAGCUUGCAGGGCUGCAGUGACAGUGGAGUGUCCACCGUGCCAGGCCUACGUACACGUAUCAGAGCCAGCAGGCCAGGCCGUGUGGGUCCUUGGGGCUCAUCAGUGAUUGAAGACCCACCUAAUUGCACAGAGACAGACGCUGCAGAUGAGAUCAUGGAGCGCAUCGUCAGGUCAGCCACUCAGGGGCCCAGGACACGGACAGAGCCUCGCGAGAGGAAGAGGUCCAGAGCCAACCGCAAGUCACUGAGAAGAACACUGAAAAGCGGUCUGACACCAGAGGAGGCCAAUGCCUUGGGGUUGUCCAGUGGUUCAGAGAUGGCUGUGUGACAGGAAGAGAAGUGGAGCUGGAUCCGGCAGCACAGCACACACAGACACCUGGGAAACCCUCUUACCGCCCACCUCGCCCUUCACUGACCCCUGACCUCUAACCCCUGCUCAUCCAGCCAGCCAGUCAACCGCUGCACCAUAGCUUCGCUUGGUCUUUCCCCUGGUUCAACUUUAUGAUGACUGUAGCUCAGCUUCCUGUCUGUGGUUUGUGCAGGUAGCUGGUUAAGAUGGUAAACAAUGUUCAGGAAGAGACCAUGAGGAAUAUGGUCCACAUCCAGGAUAAUAGAUGGUUUUCAGUGGAACAAAGUGGUAUUGGUAUAGGGGCAGUUAAAGGGGUUCAGUGAUCCAGCUGACUCAGCUCCAUACACACACACUCAGGUAAAGUUCAGCAUCCAAACCACUACACUAUGCUGCUGUGCCGACUUGAGUGUUUCUUAAUGGUGUUGUUCCAAUCAGUUGUUUCUCCUAACCUUUGAAUAUGAGGCUGAGGCCUUUGAGGAACAGCUCACAUAACAACUGUAAGUCUUAAUCACUUGAUGAAGCCCACAGUGACCACAUGACUAGUGGUGAAUCUCAGUUGUAUUUCCUUGAUUCCUUGUGUCUUCUAUCCUCACCUGUCUACACAAGGCUUUGAAGGACUAGAUCUGAGGUUCGUCCUCCCUAACCUUUUCCUCAAUUGAGAUUCACCCUAUGACUGAAAGAUACAAACUGAGACUUACCUACACAGAAGACAUUUAGCCUCAGGACUUCUAAAGGGAGGGACAUGCGAGUGCUUGAAUCACUGUGGACUUGUGUCUGAACCAAAAGGCCUCGGAGUUGAA